UAAGAUGUGCCUUUGUGCUACACCACCACCAUGUCUAUGAGUUAACAUUUUGUUUUCAUAUCAUUGUUUUCUUUAAUUUUACAGAGGUUUUUAUUAAAUUUGUGAAGUUAACGUGUUCCUCAAUACAGAAGGUUUAUUCUAACCAUAUUUUUUUUUAUUUGGCAGAUAUUGUUGUUUUCUUUUAAUGAUACUGUUGUAGGACUAUGAAUUAUGUCUGUAGCAGUGACUUUGUGUGUUUUUAGAAUUGAAUUAAGUGAUAAUUGUUGUGUUGAACUUUCGGAUCGAAAAGACUUUUCUGCAAUGGCUGCAGAUAAGAUAAGGAUGGCUCGAGGAAGACGUCAAAUGAAAGACAUUACUAUUGAAACGUACACAAAUAAAUCUGGGGAGCAGAGUCAAAGAAGUUUACUUUCUGGGUCACAGUCAAAAAUUGCAACAUUCGAAUGCUCGUCUUUAGAAAGUGAUCCGAAAUCUCUUAAAUUAUUUUCCAAGGAUUCUGAAAAGCCUAAUGCCAAACAAAAGAUUGAAAUUGCCUUUAUUUCAGGAAAUCCAUUUGUCGAGGGGACUAAAGGAAUCUUGCAUCUGUUUAAAGAAAAUGAACUGACUUCUGUUGAUAGUGCAUCAUUGUGUAGUCAGACAGUUUGUAUACUAGCAGUGCCUGCAACAAUGACAUGUCAUGAUCUUUUGACUUUUACAGCAGCAUGCCAUGAAGAUAUUAGUCAUCUUCGCAUAAUAAAAGAUGGGUCACCAAAUCAGUAUAUGGCUCUGCUUAAAUUUAGGACACAACAGGCUGCUUCAGAAUUUUAUUCCUCCUUCAAUGGCGUUCCUUACAAUUCCUUAGAGCCUGAUUCUUGCUGCCAUUUGGUAUUUGUUUCACGAGUCGAAAUCCUUCACGAAGGGGAAGGUGCUGCUCUAUCACCACCCAACCACACAGAGCUCCCUACAUGUCCCGUGUGUCUGGAGAGAAUGGAUGAAUCGGUCGAUGGCAUCUUGACAAUCUUGUGUAACCACACAUUCCACUCUAGCUGCUUGGCGAAGUGGGGUGACACAACUUGUCCCGUGUGUCGAUUUGUCCAGACACCUGAGGUCGUGGCAGAGAACGGUUGCAUGGAAUGUUAUUCUUCAGAGUCUCUAUGGAUAUGCCUUAUUUGCGGUCAUGUUGGCUGCGGAAGAUACGUGAAAGGUCAUGCGUAUGAACAUUACCUCCAGACUCAGCAUUGCUAUGCCAUGCAGCUGGGCAGCAAUCGUGUCUGGGACUACGUGGGUGAUAACUUCGUACAUCGUCUACUUCAAAACAAGGGAGAUGGCAAGUUAGUGGAAGGUUGCACAGGGAAGCUACAAGCAGAUGAUAAGUUAGAUUCGGUUCAGCUGGAGUUCACGUAUUUGCUCACAUCACAGCUGGACUCUCAACGUCUUUAUUUUGAGGAGAAACUGGCACGCCUGGAAAAUGAAUCGAUGGCAGAAGCAGCAGAGUUGAAGGACAAAGCAAAGAAGGCAGUGCAAGAUGGUGAAAGUCUGAACGACAAGAUAUCGGCGCUGACGCGCGAAAAGCAGCAGACGGAGAGGAAGAUGCAACAGAUGGCGAGCAAGCUUGCUGCGACCCAGUCGGAGCUCCACGACGAGCGGCAGAUGAGCCGCGCACUGCAGCAGAACCUCGCCACCUGGCAGACAAAGUUCACGUCCUUGGAGCAGCAGUUCCACGAGUUCAAAGAUGCCAAAGAGAAGGAACUGCUGGAUGUAAAGGAACAGUUGCGUGAUGUCAUGUUCUUUCUGGAGGCUCAGAAGCAAAUCUCUCAGUCGGAAGAUCGUGAGGAGAUAGCCGAGGGACGCAUCGUGAUAGGUGAACCAAGUGCUAACCCGUCAGGCAGCAAGACACGUCGUAGGCGAAAACAUCAUUAAGAGUGAUAGGUUUAUAAAUUUCAAGCUAUGCUUGCGAUUUCAACUUAUCUCUAGCCAUGGUGACCAAUUGUAUAAAUAUGUAGGUAUACUAUGUAACUGUGUAAGAAAUAUAUGGCUCAUUUUUUUUUUUUUAAUUCCUACAGGUUAGACUUAUAGAAAUAUGUAUCACAUGGAGUUGGGGAAAUUUCUCACUGUGUAUGAACAUGUCUUAAGUGCUUUUUCCAGAAGCUGAUGGACCAGUUUAUUACCCAAAGUUUAGUUUAAAACUAUUGCUUUAUGCCAAAAGUGGUGUUGCACAGUGACUGUAGUAUUGUAACAUUACCAGAUGUCAUAAAGAUACUCUGGUAACGCUAUGUGUUUAAGCAGAGUAUUCAAUAUUUUGUGCAACCCAAUGAGCUGAAUUUGGUUUCAUCAAACAGCAGCAGCUGGUUGAAGCAUUGCCUAGGCAUGUCAAUUUGAUGUAUUUAUUAAAUAAAUUAAUUUGCUAUUUUGCUAUUUAGGUGAAAUAAAUAUUAGGCCCACAUUGGAA